AUGUCCCAAAACUCUGGUGAUGCGCCUCAGCAACUUCAUGCUUUUCGGCAACAUGGCCGUUACUAUGGGUCAUGGCGGCCACGGAAAUAUCUAUUUCCCAUCGAUGCGGAAGAGCUCAAUCGAAUGGAUUUAUUUCAUAAGUUCUUUCUAGUGGCGCGUCGAAACGCCCUCUACUUACCAGACUUACCUCAAAAUGGCCCUCUUCGAGUCUUGGAUUUGGGCACCGGAACAGGCAUCUGGGCAAUUAAUGUUGCUGAACAAACAAAUGUAGAGCCCGUCAUCAUGGCAGUAGACCUUCAUAAAAUCCAGCCAGCUUUAAUCCCACCUGGAAUAACCACCAUCCAGUUCGACAUUGAAGAUCCGUCUUGGGAAUCUUUAAUUACGGGCUGCGACUUGGUGCAUAUUCGGAUGCUUUAUGGAAGCAUACGUUAUGAAUUGUGGCCAGAAAUUUACCAAAGAAUAUUCCAUCACCUCACGCCUGGGUCAGGAUAUGUCGAGCAUGUCGAAAUCGACUGGGUACCUGGAUGGGAAGGAAAUGAUAUACCGCGGGCGUCUGCCUUGAAGGAAUGGUCGGAUCGGUUUUUGAGAGCAUUAGACCGAUUUCAUCGCAAUGCGAGGGUGGACGCAGCUGCCGCUAGGGGGGCAAUGGAGGCUGCUGGAUUUACCGACUUCAGGGAAGAGGUCAUCCGGUGCUAUGUCAACCCGUGGAUGUCCGAUCGCCAUGAACGAGACGUUGCGAGAUGGUUCAAUCUUGGUCUAUCUCAUGGUAUCCCGGCAAUGAGCACAAUGCCUAUGAUUGAAGGAUUGGGCAUGGAUCAGGAGGAGGUCCGAAAACUCUGCAGCGACGUUAAUCACGAGAUCUGUGUGUUGCGAUAUCACGCAUACUUCAAUAUGCAUGUCUGGUCUGCAAAACGACCAUCCGACCAUGAAGUUGGUGGCAUGGCAUGA